UGUUGUCCUUUUGCGGAAACACCUGUCAAAGAGGCCCUGCCUUUACUUGUCCAAAGCCCAACCCAGCUGAUCCUAAUUGGACAGUCCAGUUAGUGGAUGUCUGUGUCCCCUCCCCGUCUGAGGCCUGUGUGGGGGGGGCUGUCAUUGCGCUCAGCUCAGGGGGUUCAGGAGCGUUGCCUUGCUUUCCACAGUGCGACUGUAGGUCCCAACCACACAGAUACAUCGAUUAGUAAAGAAUUCGCCCGGAACGAGUCCGCCAUGAACCCCGACCUCCGCAAAGAGCGAGAUAAUGCCACUUUCAAGACCGACCUGCUGACGUACAUCUUGGACGGGGGAGCGGAGAAGACGCAGAGGCGGAGGGAGAUCGAAUCGCUGGUGAUCAGCGAUCCCGAUUUCCAGCAUGUGGACCUGAACUUCCUGUCCCGCAGCGAGCGGUACGCCGCGGCGGUGAAGCGGAGCGCGCAGAUGAUCGUGAAGAUGCGGGAGCACGGCAUCUCUGACCCCGAAGAGAUCUACUGCUAUAAGAGAAUCUGGAACGGCCGGGAACACGAGGCGCUGGGCCUGCACUACGCCAUGUUCCUCCCAACCCUGCAAAAGCUGGGUGACCCCGCUCAGCAGGAGAAGUGGAUACCGCCGGCAAAGACCUUCAAGGUCUUGGGCACCUACGCACAGACCGAGCUGGGCCACGGCACUCACAUUCGCGCUCUGGAGACGACCGCGACCUACGACCCCUCCACCCAGGAGUUCGUGCUCAACAGCCCGACGGUCAGCUCCAUCAAGUGGUGGCCUGGAGGACUGGGGAAGACCUCGAACCACGCCAUUGUCCUGGCACAGCUGUACACCCAGGGGCACUGCCACGGCCUCCAUGCUUUCAUCGUGCCCAUCAGGAACAUGAGCACGCAUGAGCCCCUGCCGGGCGUGGUGGUGGGCGACAUCGGCCCCAAGUUUGGCUUCGACGAGGUGGACAACGGCUACUUGAAGCUGGACAACGUCCGGAUCCCGCGGGAGAACAUGCUGAUGAAGUACGCCAAGGUGGAGCCCGAUGGGACGUACGUGAAGCCGCCCAGCGACAAGCUGACUUACGGCACCAUGGUGUUCAUCCGCUCCAUGAUCGUGGGGGAGUCGGCCCGCGCGCUGGCCAAGGCCUGCACCAUCGCCAUCCGCUACAGCGCCGUGCGCCGGCAGUCCGAGCUGCGGCCCGGCGAGCCGGAGCCACAGAUUCUGGACUACCAGACCCAGCAGUACAAGCUCUUCCCUCUGCUGGCCACUGCCUACGCCUUCCACUUCGUGGGGCAGUACAUGAGCCAGACCUACCACCGCAUCACGGGCGACAUCGACCAGGGCGACUUCAGCCAGCUGCCCGAGCUGCACGCCCUCUCGGCGGGGCUCAAGGCCUUCACCACCUGGGCGGCCAGCGCCGGCAUCGAGGUGUGCCGCAUGGCCUGCGGGGGGCACGGCUACUCGCGCUGCAGCAGCCUGCCCGACAUCUACGUCACCUUCACCCCCACCUGCACCUACGAGGGCGAGAACACCGUCAUGAUGCUGCAGACCGCCAGGUACCUGGUGAAGAGCUACACGCAGGCCAGCGCGGGCGAGCAGGUGGGUGGGACGGUGUCCUACCUGAGCGAGAUGUCCCAGCGCCGCCUGCAGCCCCAGCAGGUGUCCUCCCGGCCCACCGUGGUCAACAUCAGUGACCUGUCCAGCCUGGUGGAGGCCUACAAGCUGCGGGCCGCCAAGCUGGUGGAAAUGGCAGCGAGGAGCCUCCAGGGGGAGCUGCAGAGGCGCAAGAGCAAGGAGGAAGCCUGGAACGGCGCCGCCAUUGACCUGGUCAGAGCGUCCGAUGCACACUGUCACUACGUGGUGGUGAAGCUGUUCACGGCGAAGCUCGGCGAGGUGGGCGACACGGCUGUCCACUCCGUCCUCGGCUCCCUCGCCCUGCUCUACGCUCUGCAUGGCAUUACCGUGCACUCUGGGGACUUCCUGCAGGCCGGGCUGCUGAGCGUGCCUCAGGUGGCCCAGGCCUCCCAGCAGGUGAAGGAGCUGCUGGCCCAGAUCAGGGUGAACGCGGUGGCGCUGGCGGACGCCUUCGACUACCGCGACGAGAUGCUGAACUCUGUCCUCGGGCGCUACGACGGCAACGUCUACGAGAACAUGUUUGAGUGGGCCAAGAAGUCGCCGCUGAACAGCGAGCAGGUUCAUGAAUCCUACCACAAAUACCUGAAACCCCUGCACUCCAAGCUCUGAGCUGCCCAGUGCGAGGUCUGCAGCAGACGGCACAGAAUCCCCUCCAUCAGGAUGUUGCCCUAGCAACAACGUCAUCAAAGAAGCGAACAAACCUGGACUGGAAGCCGUCUGCCCCUGGAACUGGAAGUUGUCUUGAGCAGCCAGCGGCCCCCUCUUGUAUUUUUUCUAUAAUUCCCAGAAGCCCAUGGUGCUUCUGUUACUGCAGAUGGGGAGGAAGAACAAGCACUGUGACCAGUGAGAUCACACCUUGAAAUCAAAGCACCUUUCUCUCUUGUUUUUUCAAGCGCACUGCUGUACCUGCCUUUUUAUCCUUUCAAUUACGUUCUUUGUUCCUAAAUCAUUCUUCUGUUGGUUUUUUUUGUUUCUUCAAAUGGCCAGUUGAAUUUCUGUUUCCGGGUAUAAUUCUGAUCAUUUUGAACAUGCAUUCCGCUGAGAGUGAGGGUAUAAGACCUAAGGACAGGAAACGCCUCUUAAACCUGCUGCAGCUUCCUUUUGGUAUUUAAAGUUUGUAAUAACGAAUAAAAUUAACAUUUCAUAAACGUUCUGCUAUUCUGGACAGGAAGCAGGUUUUGGACAGGCUUUUCCCAGUUUAACUAUCUGGUCUGGGAUUGGAGAAUUUCAGUAGUUUGGGCUGUAGAUUUCUAUCAGAAGUGUUAAAUCUGGCAUGACUACUUGUCUCACCAGAUUUAACAUGUAUGUCCAAAGCAAUAGGAAAUAUUUCUUUGGAAAUAUUGCUGAGUUGCCCUGGACAUGAGGAGCACGUUUUAAAUGGAUUUGCAAUGAUCACAACCUUUGUCUUAACACUUAACUGUGCAGCUUGUUAAGCCAUUUUGAUCAUUUAAGGGCAGUGUCCUGAGAUUCAUCUUGGGUAAUUAAAUGUGAAAUGAUUAACUGUUUUCAUAGCUGAUGCAGCUACUGCAAGGUUUCACUGAGCCUUUUCAUGUGAGCUCAUUUAUCUAGACAUGGUGUAUUUUCACAGGCAUGCUCCGAUAAAUGUGCAAUACAGUCCAUUCUGCAGUAACAUGAUAGUUGAGUUCCUGAAGAAUCCUGGAUCAUGGAAAUCUCUUAAUAACAAUAGAUUCAAUGGGAAUUGAAGUGUUAGGGGAAGAUAUCUAGGAAACACCAUCUGGAGUGACAUUUUCCUAUACAAGUAAUAUACAAGGUUGUAUAUUACUGUGAGCUCUUUUGUUUUAUGUUAUGAAAACAGUGUUUAAUUGAGAUAGUUCCAGUAGGGAGCUGCGUCAGCAUGUGUAGGCUGCAAAGGAACAGGUAGAGGUUAAUUCCAUGCUGAAAGGAAAAGAAAAGAGACACUAGGUUUCAGCUGUGGCGCCUUCAGGUGCCCAAUGAUGUUAAGAUAACAUCAUCCAGGAAUUCAGCGCAACCACGGAAACGCUGAAAGAGUUGUACGUUACAAUGUGCGUCGCCUUUGUUGCUAAGCGAUUGGGAAAUGUAGCAGUGGGGGUUUGGAAGACAAUGAUGAAAAUGGAGGAGGGUUUUACAGUUUAAACAACCUUUAAAGUGAAAACCUUUUCCGUUCAACACAUUUUUAGUGUGAAGAACUGUUUCUCACAUGUAAUUUUACAUUGACUUACCAUGCUGCACAGAGCAAAAACAAAAACUCAGACCUAAACAGUACAACUGAUGUCAGACUCUUCUUUCAGCACAAGAAUAUUGUCUUAACCUUUUUUCCCCGUAUUGUUAAACACUACAUUAAUGAUCUAGAAAGUGAUGCCACUCUUGCCAUUGAGAGUCAGGUGUUUUUAAAGAGGAAUUGGUUAUGCAGUGUUGUGAUGACCCAGUAAACACAGAACGACUUGUGCCUCAGAUAUUACUUUUUAAGUAGUGAAAAGCCAGGCUGAUCUCACAAACUGUUCCUCACUGAUUAUUGGGGAAACAUUAAGCCCUAGCUUAUUAAAAAGAACAACCUGUUUUUGUAGUCUCGACGGUUUCAUUUCUGACUAACAGACGUUUGUGUCAAAUUGUGAACUUCAUCCUUUCUCUGGUGAGAAUCAUGGUUUCAUUAGUUACAUUUUGAAUUUUUAAUCAGUCAUUUUUAUGGUUAUUUUUCCUUCUGCUUCCUCACCUCUUUGAAUCCUGACUCUUUCUAGCCUGUCAUUCACAAAGUCUUCAGUGACUUGUUUAUGUAAUUCUGAGAGCUUGAUUUGUUGCCCCAGAGUGGUUAAGAUUUUGUUUUUAAAACAUGUUAAUAAAAAUCUAGGGUCACAUUUCAUGGGUUACUGAUAUUUAAUUUAAAAAUAAAUCAUUUUAAUCACGUAGUCUUGAUGACAUUAUUUGCAUUAAUAAAGAAAAGUUACAAUUAAAA